CUUCCUGGCAUUGCUACGACAAACACGAUGCUGGUUAAUUACGGAACUCUACUACUUUUCCUCGUCUUAGCCAUCGACGGAGCCAAAACUCAAAGAUGCGGAGUAAACGAGGUAUUUGAAGAUGCCAGAUGCGAACCUUACUGCGACAAUGCACUGGACGAUCCUUGUUACCAACAAGUCGAACGUUCCGGAUGUUUUUGUCAAACUGGUUAUAUUCGAGAUCAAAGAACUAAAAAGUGCAUUCGUUUAGAACAAUGCAGCAGCCGUGUGUGUCGACAACCGUACAUGGAACUGGAUUUAAAUGGCAGAUUUACUAUUUGUUCGGGGCCGAGACAAUCCUAUACUGGAUAUCCUUACCGACGUAAACCCGCUUGCGCUUGUAUAUCGGAAUAUGCUGAAAGUAGAGGAGGAUGCAUUCCCAUUUCUCAAUGUAGACGUUUAGAAAGAAAUUAAAGCGUAUACUUAUAUAUAAAUAGUGUCCGAUAUUUUAACAUUAUGCUUUGCAUGCAGUUUAAAUUUUGAAUUGAAAAUAAAAUUUGAUGAUAAGAAAAGUCUCGUGUUUUAUAGUAAAUUACGUGAGUGCUAAUAUAAAGAUGAAUUAAGAUUUUGUUCUUUUCAUUAAAAAGUCCAACAACGAGGUUCGUAACUUUCUCGGGCAAACUUGUGUGUGGCGACAUCUGUUAUGAAAUUUUAUUUUAAAACUUUUUAAUAUUAUUAAUUACUAUAAAAUGGCAAAGAGCGUAAUUUUCAGGGUAAAGGUGAGUUUUGUUUAAAAAAAUAAAAUUGAAAACGCUAAUAGCCAGUAAAAUCUUCAAUAAGUCCGACACUGACUGGCUAUGAUUUUUUGUGCGCCAAGGGAGUAAUUGGGUGGGAGCCUCUACCUUUUGAUGAGGAUGGCGUUUGCUCUCUUACCAAACUUAAAAAUAAAGGAUUUUGUUUCUUGGAAUUCAUUGGGCUUUCUUUAUACGAUUACAACAUUUAGAUACUAACAAUUUGACACCAACAAUAUAUGCCAGUAAUCAAUUUAGAUAAUGUGAAUUUGAU